UUUAAAUUAAAGCCGUAGUUUGCAACUUGUAUUUAAAGUGGUGUUAUGAUUUAGAAUUUUGUAUUGACAUAUUGCCGUGUAAAAUUGUUGCGCUUAAUUUCAUUUGUACUUUCAUUUUUCAAUUCGUUACGAAAUAUUACAAAAUGACUUCAGCCCUUUACCUAGAGCACUAUCUUGAUAGUCUGCAGCAUUUACCAAUAGAAUUGCAGAGGAACUUUAAACUGAUGCGAGAUCUCGACGACCGUGCCCACGGCCUAAUGAGGACAAUCGAUCUCAUGGCCGAUGAGUUGCUGCCGAAUAUUCCAAAAAUGGACGAGGAAACGAAGAAAGAGAAGGUGAACACUAUACAGGGUCUAUUCAACAAAGCAAAGGAAUAUGGAGAUGAUAAGGUUCAACUCGCAAUUCAAACAUAUGAAUUGGUAGACAAACACAUACGGCGUCUAGAUUCUGACCUUGCUAGGUUCGAAUCCGAAAUUCAAGAAAAGGUUAUGAGUGCCAGAGCUGCACAACAGGCUGCCGCCGAUCAGGAGACUAAUAACACCACAGUUAAGAAAGGUAGGAAAAAACACAAGGGUAAUGAAAAAGCCACAGCCACGACUGGCAAAAAGAAGCGUGCAGGGGCAUCCAGUGAAGAUGAUGCUAAUGCUUCAGGUAGGCCAGUAGCUAAGAAAAAGACUCAGAGAAAGGGUGCAACAGCUGCAGCAAAUGCUGCUAAAGAACAAGAAGAGAAUGCCGAUUUAGAUUCAGUUGCAGCGAUGGCUCAUCCCAGUGAUGUUCUAGACAUGCCUGUAGAUCCAAAUGAGCCAACAUAUUGCCUUUGUCAUCAAGUGUCUUAUGGUGAAAUGAUUGGCUGUGAUAACCCUGAUUGUCCCAUAGAAUGGUUCCACUUUGCCUGUGUUGACCUUAAGAUCAAACCUAAAGGCAAAUGGUAUUGUCCGAAGUGUACACAGGAUAGAAAGAAAAAAUGAUCCACAGUUAAAACACCUGCCAAACCUUCAGAUAAGACUGUAAAUGUUAAGAAAGAAGUGAAAUGAAGUCCUUUAGGUAAACAUUAGUAUGUCCCA